AUGGAACUUGGUCACGUUCAUACUCUGGCCGCUAUUCAACUGGGCCAACAAUCAUCUCAGCAGCAAGUUCAACAACAAUCCGCCGGUACGCAAUCCCAACCCCAAUGCCAACAGCAGCAACAUCAACACCAACAAACCCAGCAUCAGUCGUUUUCACAUCCCGCUGGUUUUGCCAGUCUAAACCCAACCACUGCAGCAUUUCCUCCACAAAUGGCUGCAGCAAUCGGGUUGCUGGGUGGUUACAAUACAUUAGUCAAAGAAUUGACCGGUGGAGAGGCCCAGUUACCCACACAAUCUGGUCUGGCAGCUUAUCAGCAUGGUGUACGUUUUACGCCUGAUCCGUUUGUGUUUUAUCACCAUUUGCGUGCGUGA